UUAUAUUUACACUUUUCUCAGAAUUAAGAAUGUUAGGGUCUCUGUUUCUGAUUGGUUUAAUGCUUGGACAAGGAAUUGCUUCCAAUGGAUUUCUAGACAUGGACACUAUCAGAAUUCAGAGGGACCUACUUCAAGAGAAAGUUGAAGAGAAAGUAGAGGAGAAAACAAGUAUGCCUGACCAGAAGAAUUGGCGGACUGAGCCUGCCAAGGGCCCAACCAGGUUCUAUUUUGAGAACGGAAAGCUGCCAAAGGUUUUGAUGGAGGUGGAAGAGGGAAUAGUUCUAACGGUGUUCAAGAGUGGAGAGGUGUGGGACAGGUUUCUGUUGAACGAGGAAGCUUCUGGAGGUAUUACUGGGGGUAAACUCAACCCAGACUCGGACAUUUUUCAGGUUGACAUCGACUGGAAGAAACAAACCUUCACUGGACUAAAGAAUCCAGAGAACAAAGUUCAAGGAUUACAGAUUGAGAUGACUUUUGAUCAGAAGAAAGGAAACUAUAUAAUGACAGAUCUGAAAAUUGUAAACCUGGCAGUUCAGGGUAAACUGGAGGAUGUUCCAGUUCUAAGCACCCGGACUCAGCAUGGAUAUGAAGUUGAAGCUCCUCUGGGACUCUCAUUCGGUUGCUUUAAUCCAGGAAUGUUUGGACCUAAAGGAAACCGAACUGAGGCCCGUGUUAGCGCUGGUUUAAUGUUCCCUGGUCUUGAGCUUCAAGUUUACAAGGUAUCUGGAGGAAGGUUUGGUCCGCUUUGGGAAUGUGGAAACUACAUUCCAAUAGGUCUGUGGGUUGGAAUCAUUGUAACCCUAGGAUUCUCUUUGAUCUGUGCCUGGGGAUUCACCAUGCUCGCAAACAUUAAUACAAUGGAUCGCUUCGAUGACCCCAAGGGAAAGAGCAUCUAUGUUCCACAAACUGAGUAAACGAAGACGACUUGGC